AUUAGACACUUCAAAGAUGGAAAGCACUGAACCAAAAGCCGUUGAUCCUCCUAUUGAGAAACAGGAGAUCUCCAAGGAACCUCAGGAACAACAAAAGGAGGAUCAACAAAAGCCUCAGGAAAUCUCAGCUGACCCUCAGGACACCACUGAUUCCAAGAAAGACAAGAACAAGAAAGAGAUGUAUGAACGAUUUGAAAAGACCAAGUACAUUCCUCCAGAUCCUGAGCGUGAAGAAGAGCGCAAGCACCAGAAAAAGAAUCCGAAGAGAAAAACCGUUAUGAUUGUUGGCUAUAACGGAGCUGAUUUCUGUGGCUCCCAGAAACAAAGCGAGGAUGGAAUCAGAACUGUCGAGAGCGAUCUUGAAAAAGCCCUCUUUGAAGCAGGCAUGAUAGAUUAUAGGAAUUAUGGUGAUCUUAAGAAGAUCAGAUGGACUAGAGCUACCAGAACUGACAAAAGAGUCCAUGCACUGCAAAACUGUUUCUCUGGGAAGCUGCUCAUUGACCAAGAUAAGGAGCUCAAAGAUCUAGCUGAAGAGGUCAACGCAAAAUUGUGUCCAGAAAUUAGAAUUUUUGGAUUCCUCCCUGGUCUGGGAGGGUUUGACGCAAAGCAUGCUGCUAGUUUCAGAGAAUACGAAUACUAUAUGCCUACAUUCAUGUUGUCAAGUGAUAUUAACAUCAAAUACACUGUGCCCGAGGACCAACCAAUCCAAGAUAUCGACCCUGAUAAUCCGAGAUGCAUCAAAAGAGUCAAAGUGAAUGUCGAUUCUUCAUGCUUAGAGGAAAUGUAUGAAUACCGCCUUCCUGAUGCCAAGAAGAAAAUUCUUGAGGGGUUGUUGUCAAAGUUUGAAGGGACUCAUAAGUAUCACAACUACACAAAACAGAUGAAAUCUAAGGACAAGAAUAGCCAAAGAUAUAUUAUGCAAGUAAAAGUGUUGGAUUACAGAGUCUACGAUGGAAUCGAGUUUGCUAGAGUCUUCCUGCAAGGACAAAGCUUCCUUUACAACCAAAUCAGAAAGAUGAUGGGUGCUGUGUUCAUGGUCAUGCACUAUGGCAUUUCAGAGAAGUUUAUUGAGAAUUCACUCAAGGAUAACCAGAUCAAUGUCCCCACAGCUCCAGGAGAAGGCCUCAUGCUAAAUAGAGUUGCUUUUGACAGAUAUAACAAAUAUCAAAGAGAGUUGAAGGCUCCUAUUUUACCAUUUGAGCACAAGAAAGAAGAGAUGGAGGAGUUCAGAGUGGGUCUUGUCAAGUUCAUCUGAUCUACAGAAAAGAACACCAAUUGUUUCACAAAAUGGCUAGGAUGGAUGCAUGAAGCUCGUUCAAACUUUAUCAGCAUUUAAUUUCAAUGUUAGAGUUAA